ACAUUCAUUCUAUUCAAUAUGGCUUCGAAAGGCACGUAUUCUUGUGGGGAUGCGUUUUCUAAAGAAGAUUUAUCCUUCUUGGCGAGAUCUUUGAAAGACGAAAAGUUCCGUGCGCUCUUCGCUGAGUACGCGAAAGAGGUUUGUGAACCAGAAAAUCAGAAACAGUUUGAAAGAGAGCUGCAACAACUGGAAAAAGAGCGGGGCGUGGAGGCUGUUUUCGUUCACCCGAGUCCCGGUUUUGCGUUGGCAGUGGGAAGCCAGAGUGGCGGCCCCGCUUUUGUGAAUGUAUGUAGCAGUGACGUGGUGCAGAGGCCCAGUUACGUGAAUGUUGACGACGGUGUCAAGACGGGUCAGAACUGGUCGUUGCCACACGCUUUGCCCAAACCUCGACGGGAGUUGCUGAAGCAGAGAGUGCGAGUGUCGGGGUCGAGCAGCCAUUCUGAGGGUGAGGUUGGCAGCCGAGCCGAGGCUGGGGUUGGCAGUGUGGCCGAGGUUGGCAGGCAAGUGGUGGUGUAUGAUGUCGUCUUCCAUCCAGAGGCUCUGCUGCUCUCCUCCAUGAACCACCUUGUGAAACACGCUCUCAUACAAACUGCCGUGGACAGCUUAAGCAAAACUUUUCAGUUGAAGAUAGAUCAGCCACAGGAGGUUGACAGUGUGAAGUAUGUGGGAAAGCCAAUGCGAUCUAUGAUAAAGCGAGUAGUAGAUAUAAAACUGUUUGAAGCAAGUGAGAAAAUGAGCUUCCAAAACGAUGAGAGGACUAGUGGUGAUAUGAGAAAUAAGAUGGAAAAUACAACUGAGGAUAAAAGUACAAAUUCUGUGAUGGAAGUAGCUGAGCCAAUAAAACCACAGUACAAGAUCAAGCAUGUAAGCAAAGUUGAUUUCCAAGACUUCUCUGUGCAGUUGAUACCUCAGUGCGGUCGUGCAUGGCGCCCUCAGACCCUGGAGGUCGAGGUUGACCUUCCUGGAGUGAUGCGUGCCUCUCAGGUCGAUGCCAAUGUAUGGCCGCAGUCACUUUUACUUUCCACCAAGUCAAAACCUCAGUACAAACUUGAACUGCCACUUCCUUAUCCAGUUGAUGAGGAUUCAAGUACUGCAAAGUUUGAUGUAUCAACCCAAAAGUUAACCCUUACUCUUAGUGUUAUACCAUCAAGAAAAAGAGAUCAGGUCUCUGUUCAUGAUUAUUCUCCUUCAGACUCUGGUAUUGAUUGUGAUCCUGAUUACCGGACUAACAGUGAUGGGGACAAUUCCUCUGAAGUGUCAGUGUCAUCACAAGAAGAUAGGUUAAAGGAAGUUGAAGCAGCUGAAGAGGAAGACAAUGUGUUUGAAUCUGCACCAAGUGAAAGGAGAGCAACUCUCAUCCCCAGUUAUUCUGUUAAACAGUCAAAAGAAAGAUUGUAUAUUAUCCUCAACUGUGGUAAUGUUCUGCCAAGCAGUGUUACUACAAAGCAAGUUGGUGAUCAAACUGUUUAUGUGGACCUAUCCAGCAUUGGCGGUGGACAUACCCUGCUGCACUAUGGGCUCAAAGUUGUGAGUUCUCCAAAUAUCAUAGCCAAAUCUGGAGUGACUUGCAAACUUGGAGAUGGCGCUGUGGAAAUAAAUAUAAAAAAGGCUGUGCUGGGUCGCUGGGAGUCAUGCCAGAUUGGAAAUGAGGAGCAUCUUGCCUCGGUGGUUCCAACACCUGUCAGUGCUUUGAAUACUGAUGCGAAGUCUAGUCAAAAAUCAAUCGAGUCCAUUGAAGAACCUCUAAAUAAGUGUGUGACCGCUGUGGAAACGGUAGAGAAGAAGGAUGGUGGAGAAGGCAACAAAGGGGUGGCUCGGAUGCCACGAAUGUCUCGGACAGUCAGCAUGUGUGAGACUGAAUCUAGCCCAACUCUUAGGUUGCGAGGUCCUACAUGCUCAUGGCCCCGUGGCAUCCUGAAGCGUCGCACCCGCUCCCUUAGUGAAUCGAAUGUUGGCUCUGUCACUUCCAUGACACCGUUGGUGCCAAUGAGCUCCUAUGCUGUCCUUGAUGUCUCUGAGAACAAGCAGAGAGUGCAGGAAGAAGAGGAAGGAGAUGAAAGUGUCGAAGAGAGCAUUUCUUCCAGCUUGGGAGAGAAAAAGAGUGUACGCUUCAAUGAGGUGGUGUCCCGCCAACUGUUCCGCUCCAACUCCUCAAUUUUGGGCCAGCGUGCCAAGAACCAGAAAAAGGCAAUGAGGAAACGCAAGUGCUUGCAGCGUCGUGCUUCGGAUAGCGACAGGGAAAGCGACCGAGGUCAGCAUUCCAGUGACCCAGGUUUGGCUCUUACCUCUACUUCAACUGAUGAAGACACUGAUACUACCACCACCGACACCACAGAGGUUGAUGAUCUUGAUGACAUCAACUUAACCACCAUCAGCCUUGAUGUUGAAAAUAAUAAUAAUGUUAGCAAUAAUGACAACAGUCACAUUCAUGGUAACAGUAAUGAAAAUAACCAGAGCAUUUCAUAUCAGAAUGACAAGGAGAAUAUCAACAAUAACAAUAUGGAUAACAGCAAUAGCAAUGAUGGUAAUGACAAGGACAAUUAUGAUGGUUUCAUUGUAAAGACCAGCAAAAAGAAGAGGAAGAGUAAAAAGAGUUCCACUUUUGAGCCAUCCAAUAACUUCAUUUUUGAGCUUGACAUUGAUAAUUAAAAACCUAAGGGGGAAGGAAAACAGACUGAGUUCUUGCUAUGGCUAAUAACAAAACAUUCAGAUUUUGCAUUUUCUGUUUGGUUUCUUUAUAAAAAAAUUGAUUGUCUUUGCUGCUCAUAAGUUAUAUAUAAGUAUAUAUAUAUAUAUUUAUAUAUACUGUAUUAAAGAUAUCUAAAUAUACAGUAUAUAUACUGUUUAUAUAUAUUUAUACAAUGUAGAUGAGUGUUUAUAUAAGUAUAUUGUUCCUUUUUGUCAGGUUUGUGUAUGUAGUAUACAGUAUAUAUAUUUUUCUGAUUCCUUAUGUUUGUAGUAUCGUAACUAGAGGAAAACCUUUGUUAAUAGCCAUAAUUUUGUUGGGCUUAGUGUUUAUUCCUAAACAUCAGUCACUGGGAAAUCAAAUGUAAUAUACAGUAUUUGGUAAAGUUUAUAUUGAAUGCCCGGUGCUGCCAGUACUAUUACAGUAUAUGUUGCCUUUAUUCUAGUGUUACUUGAGUUGUAGGGGUUUCAUUACUAGAUUAAUAAGGUAAGAUCAAUUUUGAGUUUCAGUUGGUUUUCAAUAUAUUGACACUGAUCAUCAAAAUACUUCAGCUGUCCAAUUCAGAGAAUAAUGCUUAGAAUGCUAAUGUCACCAAUAGAUGUGUAUAAAUGCCCACAUUUCUAUAUUUACCUUGUAAUACACAAAUACACGUAUGACGUAAAAGUUUCACAAUAAGCAAGUUAAGAUAUGACACAAAAAAUGUUCUUUGUGUUUUAAGCCAUGGCAAUAAGUCACUUAUUUCAACUAGGUAAGAUAUCAGGCUACUUUAUUGUAAAUGCAUUGUUUUAGAAUUGGUUUAUAGCUCAUUGGUUUAUAGCUCUAACCAAGAAGCAGUAGAAAUUUUUAGUGUAGAAAGAUUUUUGGAGCUAACUGCUCCUGGCUUGUUGGUUCACAAUUGGCACGCACAGUAGAAUGUAAUUAUUAUUGCUCACUUAAAGGCAUUAGGAGAAAAAGUGGUUUGGUCUAUAUAACUAGAAUGUAGCUAUUGAUUAGAUACUGUAUUGAGUAUGUAUUUUUUGGACCAAGUCUGGUCCACAUAACUAGAAGGUUUUGAUAAAAUAUCAAAAGAUGUAUUAUUGGAUAACAUGGUGUUUGGGUGAUCAGUGUUUCCAUAUAAUGUUGGUAUUGGUGCAUUGUUUGAUGGAAGUAAAUUGUUUAAUGCUUUUUCAUCAGCAGUGGAAAAUGUGUCGUGGAUCGAUGAUCCAUAGGAGGCAUUAUGAAUGUCCAGCCGAACUCCUGACAGUUUUAAGAUGAGUCAUUGAUAUUCUACUGUGUUACAGGUACACAUGUUAACUUUUCAGUAUUUACGAGCAUUCAGCCAACCAAAAAAAAAGGCUUGUAGAAUUGGUAGUCUGUCUUUGCCAUAAGCUAUGGGAGCCGUCAUACACAGUAAAUAUUAUAAAUUUGUUUGAGACAGUCUGCAGAAUUUAGCUCAAGCAUGGUCAAGAGCACCAUAGAUGUUAUAAUAGAUGGCCAGAUUUAUCAGUCAACCAUUGGUGUUGCAGGUAGCCAAAGUGGAUACAUCCAGUCAUGACAAAUGCAGCUGGUUAGUUUGAUCACGCACUCUAUCAUGAAUUUUGUUAGUGAUUAUGAUCAUGUAAUUUACCAUGGAUAUUAAGCAUGAUUAAUAUGAUGAUGCAGCCUAUCAUGAAUGUUAUUUGGUAACCAAUGUGAUCUCUGAAUUGACUUUGAAAUUGGUAAACGAGUGAUUUCUCUUUUAGUCAUGAGUAACGGUGUUAGCUAUUAGUCUUCAUUAUUAUUAAAUAUGUGAUUCAAAAAUGUAGUCAUUGUGAAAUGUGUUUUCAUCAUUAGCACUUAAAAUCUAAUGAAUUGAGACAGUUACUUAGCAUAUAAAUUAUAUUUCAAAGAAACUUUUUUUUUCUGUAUUCUUAAGGGUAGUAAUUUAUUUGGUAUGGAAUUUUGACCUUAAUAUGAAACCAAUAAAAAAAUAAGUUAAUAUAUGUACACAAUGUGCAAUUGAGGGAUAUGAAAUUUGAUUAUUGACUAAUCCAGAUUGUGAUGACCUUUACGGUGAAAGGUAUACAUAUGGUAAUAAUUUCUCGUGAUGAGAUCUAUCACUGUUUUCACCAUCACUGUUAAAGUACAACUUGAGUACACCUAGCUUGCAAUGCUGUGCUACACAGUACUGUUUUGUAUCUGUGUACUUAAAAAAUAAAAAUAUAUUUAAUAUAUAUAUAA